GUCGCUCUUCCCAAACCCUAACCGAUUCCCCCACUCCCUUUCCGGUUGUCCCUCCCCUCCUAUAGGACACCGCCACACCGGAUCCAGCCCACGCUGUACGUUUUCAUACACACACAAACAACAACAACACAACCACCACCACCACGUAUACAAUCCACUGCCCCAACAACAACGACAACUGCUUCACAGGUAGUAGAGCGACAAGACGACAGUUAGACACCGAAACCAAAAGGAGUCUCUCCAGGCCGUGCGUGCGUGGAUUCUGGGCCGCACGGAUUUGCCUCUCAGGUUCUCGACCCUUAAAUUCUCAGCCUUGGCCUUCCACCUCAUCCUCUCCAAACGCCAGGACAGCAGGUGCUUCAUAGAUAUUACUGCGGAUAGAAGUGAUCUAGUCAUAAACUGUUGAACUUGAAAGGGAUUCCUGAAACAACUCAAUGGGGACAGGGGAAGAGAGCACACCUCCUAAGCCUUCCAAACCAACUUCUUCAACUCAGGAAAUACCAACAACACAUUCUUAUCCGGAUUGGUCGAGCUCCAUGCAGGCUUAUUAUGGUCCUGGAGCUACGCCGCCACCUUUUUUUGCCCCAACUGUUGCUUCUCCAACUCCCCACCCCUAUCUAUGGGGAAGCCAGCAUCCGUUGAUCCCACCGUAUGGGACGCCAGUUCCAUACCCAGCUUUAUAUCCUUCAGGGGGAGUUUAUGCUCAUCCUAAUAUGACCAUGACCCCAAACCCAAUACCGAUCAAUGCAGAAUUGGAAGGGAAAGUCCCUGAUGGAAAGGAUCGAGUGUCUGCUAAAAAAUCCAAGGGAACUUCUGUUAGUUUAGGCAAGGCUGGAGAGAGUGCGAAAGCAGCUUCAGGUUCAGGAAAUGAUGGCGCUUCACAAAGUGAUGAAAGUGGUACCGAGGGUACAUCAGAUGCAAGUGAUGAGAAUAAUGACCAACAGGAUUUUGCUGGAAGUAAGAAGGGAAGUUUUCAUCAGAUGCUUGCAGAGGGAGCCAAUGCACAGAGUAACACUGCUGGGGCCAUCGCUCAAGCUUCAGUGCCUGGGAAGCCUGCGUCUAUGCCUGCAACUAAUUUGAAUAUUGGAAUGAACUUAUGGAAUGCGUCUGCUGGUGGUUCUGGAGCUGCAAAAGUGAGACAAAAUCCAUCUGGUGCCUCAUCAGCACUUGUGAUUGGAGGUGAAGGCGCAAUGCCUGAGCAGUGGGUACAGCAGGAUGAACGCGAGCUGAAAAGACAGAAGAGGAAGCAAUCUAAUAGGGAGUCAGCUAGGAGGUCAAGAUUACGCAAACAGGCUGAGUGUGAAGAACUACAAGGAAGGGUGGAAAAUUUGAGCAAUGACAAUCGCACCCUUAGAGAAGAGCUACAGAGGCUUUCAGAGGAAUGUGUAAAACUUACAUCCGAAAAUAGUUCUAUAAAGGAAGAGUUGACUCGACUCUGUGGACCAGAUGCAGUUGCUAAGCUCGAACAUGACAUCCCCACGCCAGUUCUUCAGUCACAUAGUGGCGAUGGCAACAGUUAACAUUGAAAUCCUCCAACGACAGAUAACUUUGCAGUCAGAACAAAAGUUAAUUCAACUCUAGGAAGUAAUGGCAUUGGGCUCUAAUUGAGCACCCAUUUAUUUUCCUUACUAAUCUAUAGCCUUAACCCUUUCAAACUGUUAACUUUUAUAAGCCUUAACCGAGUUGGAACAUUGAUGAAUCAUCUAUAUUGUAUUUGGUCGACCGGGAAAAAGAUUGUAUAGGAGAAUACUUAGGCAACUGUUUAGAUAUAUGGAGUGCAAUUGCAAUGGAUAUUGUAGGGACUUCCCACUUAGUUGCUCAUCAGCACCUGUCACUCUCUA